CAUUAUUGAAAAGCAUGAUCUUAUGAUUAAUAAACCCGCCAUUGAAAUAUAUUUUCUUUUUUUCUUUUUAAGUUGUUUUCUCUCCCUCUUUUUAUAAAAAAACAAUUGUCAUUUAUGUUGAUUUUUUAUUGGCUCGUGACCUAUUCUGUGCUGAAAGAUGGAUUCAAUUCAUUUCCCUCUUUUUCAUUCUCCACCUUCCUCUCAUUUCUUUUUUCCCUUUUCAUAUAUAAAAUAUACCAAAAAAGAUCUUUGCCAUGUGGAUAUUCAUCCUCUUAUUUAUUUUACUCAUAGUAUUAGGUUUCAUUUUUCGUCGAAAACUUGUAGACUUGGCAUCCAAAGCAGCCGAUCAAACGAAUAGAUUCCUUGGUUAUCACCUGUUACCCACCAAUAUUGGUUCAUUCGAAGAUGAUAUUGAAGAUGGUUUAACUAGUUCGCAAUUUGACUUGACCAACAACUUGACUGAACAAGAAACAAGAGCUGGUUUGAAGGACAAGGAAGAAAUCCUCAAGAUUAUGAAACGCCAGAACGUCUCUUUUGACCAAGCAAGACUUAUUCGCCAACAAAAACUUUUGAAAAAGAACAAUAUUGAUCCUGCUACUGGUUUACCUUUGGAUCCCAAGUUUGUUUCUUUUGGUUCGUCUUCUGCUUCAUAGUCAUCCUAUAUCUAUUACAUAUUCACACAAAAGUCAACAUAUUCUCUCUCUCUCUUUUUUUUUUUGUCAUCCGUAUAUAUCUACCAAAAUUAUUUCCUUAGUUUAUUUCCAUUUUGUAAAACCAAUAAACAU